UCGGAUUCGGGGCACGCAGGGGGCGGAACCUUUGUGCCAGGUUGGAGUUUCCGGGAGAGGCAGAGCGGGUGCGCACAACAUGGCAGCGCAGGCGGAGGAAUCUGUUCGGGAAUUCGUGCUGGUGACCGGGGCGGAGGAAGAACGGGCUCGGUUCUUCUUAGAGUCUGCGGGAUGGGACCUACAGUUGGCUCUAGCAAGUUUCUAUGAGGAUGGAGGGGAUGACGAUAUUGUAACACUACCACAGCCACCCCCUGGCUCUGUGUCUCAUGGCUCUGGGCCUAGUGAUCACAGGGUGACCUCCUUCAGGGAUCUGGUUCAUGCACAGGAGGAAGAGGAGGAGGAAGAGGAAGGCCAAAGGUUUUAUGCAGGGGGCUCGGAGAGGAGUGGCCAACAGAUUGUUGGACCCCCAAGAAAGAAGAACCCUAAUGAAUUAGUGGAAGAUUUAUUUAAAGGAGCCAAGGAGCAUGGGGCAGUAGCUGUGGACCGAACUGCCUUAAGUCCUGGAGAGAGCAGCAAACCUAUGGUCUUUGGUGGGGGUGGGUACCGUUUGGGAGCAGCACCAGAGGAGGAGUCGGCUUAUGUAGCUGGAAGUCGCAGGCAAAAUUCUGCUCAGGAUGUGCACGUGGUGCUGAAGCUUUGGAAGAAUGGCUUUAGUCUAGAUGAUGGAGAGAUCCGCAGUUAUCAGGAUCCAGGAAAUGCGCAGUUCCUGGAGGCAAUACGCCGAGGGGAAAUCCCGGCAGAGCUGCGGCGAUUGGCUCAAGGUGGACAAGUGAAUCUGGAUAUGGAAGAUCAUCGGGAUGAAGACUAUGUAAAACCCAAAGUCAGCUUCAAAGCAUUCACAGGAGAGGGACAAAAGUUAGGCAGCACGGCACCACAUGUUCCAAGCACAGCUUCCUCAAGGCAGCAGACACAGAAUGAGGCCAGUGCCAGCUCUUGUGUUGUCCUCAAUGAUUAUGAGCCGGUCACCAGCAUCCAGAUUCGACUGGCAGACGGUGGGCGACUAGUUCAGAAGUUUAAUCACGGCCACAGGAUCCGGGACAUCCGUCUGUUCAUAGUGAAUACCCGCCCCGCCAUGGCACUUAGCAACUUUGUGCUUAUGACUACUUUCCCCAACAAAGAUCUUAAUGAUGAGGAUCUGACCCUGAAGGAUGCAAAUCUCUUGAAUGCCGUCAUUGUGCAGCGAUUAAUAUGAUCUUCCCUCUGCCUCCUACUUUCCCCUCCUCCUGCAGGUUGCACACCUCUACCCUCCCCCUCCCACUGGUGACUUGGAGUCAUUCUGUAUUGUAGCCCUGGGCUCUCAAUGCUUUGGGUGGACUGCUCCCCUCUCCAGACCUGUUCUGCAGAAUUUGUAAUAAGUUAGACUUAACUAUGAAAUAAAAAAAGGAAACGUG